AGAUCAUGACCUGAGCUGAAGUUGGACUCUUAACUGACUGAACCACCCAGGCGCCCCUUGCCACCUGAUUUUGACAACUACUAGCUGAAAUACCAAAGAGAUGCUGAGAGAGUAUAUAUCCUGGGGGCAGGCAUCAUUGACUUUCAUCAUUUUCUGUUGAAUUCCUACUAUGAUACAUGAGGAUUUCACUUAAGUAAUAUCUGCCUUUUCCUAUCUUCCAAGUUUGAAAGUUUUAAUAUUAUUUAAAAAUUUCCUAUGGCAUAUUUUUAUAGCUUCCAUAAUAUUCUUAAAAUUUUGAUAGAAUGACAUGCUUUUCAGUAGUGUAAGAGGAGAUUAUUUUUUUCUCAACUUCUGUUAGUUCAGCCUUUAUUCUUAAAUUGGCAGGGUUGAAUGUUUCCAUUUUAUUCUGUAGUCAUACUUAAAUCUUAGUAUUUCAGAGACUUAACAAAAUUAGUCUAAAGUUGGUUUAAAAACCAAUAGGAGUUUUUACAUUAUUAUGCAAAUAGUAAAUACUGUUUAUAGCCGCGCCUAGUACUGUGCUGUGAUUACUUUUUCUCCUUUUAGUCCAAUGUCAUGUGUAUUUUUCCUUUUCCAUUUGACAGGCAAAUGUUCCCAGCAGCAGUGUCAAUUGGACUGGCAAUUUUUGGCAUCAGUUUUGAAAGGCAAGGACUCCAAAGCUUCUGAAAGAAUGGUUGAAGUUGCUGGUCAUCCGGUUGGCCUUUUUAAUGAUCAAUUACUGACCACAGUAGUGAAGACUCACUUUCAAGAUAUUAAGAAUAAAGGCGGAGUUGUUGAACAUGUGAUAUAUCCAACAAGAACCAGGGGCAGGGGAGUUGCAAAUGUGACAUUCAAAGAGAAAAAAGGUGCAAAGAAUGUCAGCAGAAAACAGAAACACUGUCAGGCAGAAAAGGUUGGACCUGCUCAAUUCACAGUCUCUCAUUUUGGUGAAAAGGUCUUCAGCUCUGUAAAAGCUAUCCUCGAUCUUUCUGUUUUUCGGAGUCAAGUCAUUCUAGAAAGUCUGGUAACGGACCUGACAAGGAAAAUCCCAACUUUAUCCUUCAGUCCUCUGGAACCCAAUGGAAGAGUCUCUGUGCAAGGGUCAUUUCUGGAUAUACUGAGGCUUAAAGAAACUUUGCUAUUAAAAGCAAGUUCUCUUUUAGAAAAAAACAGGAAUUUUAUCAGUGAGGAGAAGUGGAACAGCCAGGGCCCCAAAAGGGAUCUCCAGAGAGGCAGUAACUCCUCAGAGUCACCCGGGUCCUCAGUACCUGAGACCACUAGGAGCGGAGAAACACUUGUUCUCGAUACAGAUGUAUUCCUUUAUCUGAAAAAGAGCAGAUUUUAUGAAAGCACAUUGAAAAAAUGUCAUGUUUUCUGUCAGGAGAGAGUGGAUGGUGAAAUCACCACAAUCUGUAUAAGAAAUGCUCAACAAUGUUCUCACCCAAACAACGCAAAGCUUGUGAAAGCACUUAUUGAGGAAUAUUCACUUGCUCUUCACUUUGAGCUUAAAAAAGAGACACUUCUUUUGAAAGGAAAGGAGAAUAGAGAUAAAAGAAGGAUUAAGUCGGCCUGUGAACAAGUAAGUUUGAGGUACCCUAAGGUUCUGAUUAAUUUUUACGAGACGCACAUUGAUAUUAUAGGAUCUUCUUCUGACACAUACUUGCUUAAAAAAGAGAUCAUGAAAUUAAUAAGGCUAAAAAGUUAGGUAAUAAAAUCUCAGCAAUAGUGAUAGUGGCAGUCACUCUCCCUUACUGAGCAGAGGCGAUGCUGUGUAUGAUGCUAGUUUUACACACAUUAGUCAUUUAAUCCUUACAACCAUCCUUCAUUGUAGGCAUUGCUAUCCUCGUGUUCUAGGGGAAGAACCUAGGAUUUGGAGAAGUUAAAACAUUUGUCCGGAGUUAUCGAGCAGGCAAAGAAUGGGGUUAAACUUGGCCUAUCUGACUACAAAGAUAAUAUCUAAGUCUUAAAACUUUGAAAAAAAAAUCUCAUUAAACUUUGAAGAAAUCUCACUUUCCCUGCAACCCCAAAUUCUUAGAAUGUACCUUGCUCAUCUCAAAGUAAACAAAUGUGAUUGUGAUGAUGUGAACUGUUUAGAUCAAAAGAAAAUCACAAGACAAAUCUCUCUCUAUGUUUUCAUUUUUCUUAGCCAUCUAAGUCCCAAGUAUUUCCAUCUUUUAUUUAAAAAAAUCGUUUUUAAGUUUAUUUAUUUUGACUCUACACUGUCAGAGCCUGCUUGGGACCCAGUGUGGGACUCAAACUUAUAAACCUUGAGAUCAUGACCUGAGAUGAAAUCAAGAGUCGGAGGCUUAACUGACUGAACCACCCAGGCACCCUGUAUUUCCAUACUUUAAGAUACAAUAUUUCAUUGUUGUUUUUGUCAAUGAGAAAUUGCUCUUUACAUCAAGUGCCCAAUAAGAUGUCUUUAAAUUUAAAAAGUGCUUCAUUUUUAUUUUGCUCCUAGGAGUUUGUCUCAGUCUGGGUUCAGUCAGGAGAGAGAAGGCAUGCAGUAAUAUGAAAAGGGAAAGUUUAAUAUAAAAAAUUGUUAAUUGUAAUAGGGGAUUGGAGUAAUGAGGAAUUGGCUAGGAAGAAAUAAAGAGAACUCUAAAAAACAUAGGAAUAGCAGAUUUAAGAAGAGUUUAGGUAAA